UACCAAGUCAAAAUACAAAAUAGUAGUAGUAGUCAAUCCCUUUGUAGCUGCCAGUUAUAUAUUGAUGAUCAUGAUCGCGCUAAUACAAAUCUAGUUUGUUUCUCACACUAAAAUAAAAACAACAAAUGGAGUUAAUACACAGCUUUUUGUCACUUUGUUGCACUGUUGUAGUGGUAAUAUACGCCUGGAAAAUCAUGAAUUUUGUGUGGUUUAGGCCGAAGAAAAUGGAGAAAAUCCUCAGACAACAGGGUUUCGUUGGAAAACCGUACAGAUUCUUGGUUGGGGAUUUGAAUGAAAUGAAGAACAUGGGCAAUGAAGCUUUGUCCAAACCCAUCGAUUUCUCCGAUGAUUUUGUACCAAGAAUCAUUCCCUUUAUUCAUAAAACUGUCACUAAUCAUGGUGAGAAUUGUUUCAUAUGGCUUGGGCCUUAUCCUGCAGUACUUAUCUUUGAUCCCGAUAUUGUGAGAGAGGUUUUGUCGAAAACUUACGUUUUCCAAAAGCCAUAUAAUCCAUUAGCAAAUGUUUUGGCACGAGGAUUGGCGAGUUACGAGACUGAUAAAUGGGCUAAGCAUAGAAGACUUAUCAAUCCUGCUUUUCACCUAGACAAAGUAAAGCAUAUGAUUCCAUCGUUCCACAAAUGCUGUGCCGAAAUGUUGAGCAAAUGGGAAAAGAUUGUGCCGAGUGAAGGAUGUUUCGAGUUGGACGUGUGGCCGUAUCUUCAGACGAUGACAAGCGAUGCAAUUUCGCUCACUGCGUUCGGCACUAGCUAUGAACAAGGGAGAAAGAUAUUCGAACUUCAAAAAGAACAAGCCACACUUAUCACAAAGUCAAAUCUCUUCUCCACUUUUAUCCUUGCAUGGAGAUAUUUGCCUACAAAAACAAACAGAAGGAUGAAACGUAUAAUAACGGAAUUAGAGUCACUAUUGCGUGCGAUAAUCGAUCAAAGAACAAAGGCAAUUGAAGCAGGGGAAGCUACUUCAAACGAUUUAUUGGAUAUAUUAUUAGAAUCGAACUCCAAAGAAAUAAAACAAAACGGGCAUAAGUUUGGAAUGAGUUUGCAAGAUGUUAUUGAAGAGUGCAAGUUGUUCUAUCUUGCUGGCCAGGAGACAACCUCGUCGUUGCUCGUCUGGACUAUGAUUUUACUAAGCAAGUAUUUAGAUUGGCAAGCUCGUGCGAGAGAGGAAGUACUUCACGUUUUCCGAAGCGAGACUCCCAAUUUUCAAGACUUAGGUCGUCUCAAAAUUGUAAGCAUGAUUAUUAAUGAGGUAUUAAGAUUAUAUUCGCCGGGAUUGUUGUUUAGUCGGACGGUUAACAAGGAAACUGCACUAGGAAACAUAGUCCUACCAAAGGGAGCAUAUCUAUUACUUCCGGCUAUACUUUUACACCAUGACGUCAAACUUUGGGGGGAAGAUGUAAAGGAUUUCAAUCCGGAGAGAUUUAGUGGAGGAGUUACGGAGGCGACAGGUGGCAAACUCUCGUACUUCCCGUUUGGGUGGGGACCACGGAUAUGCAUCGCGCAGAAUUUUGCUAUGUUGGAAGCCAAAACGGCACUGGCUAUGAUUUUGCGGAACUAUUCUUUUGAGCUCUCGCCGUCUUAUUCGCAUGCUCCUCGUAUAGCGCUGAAUCUUCAACCUCAACACGGCGCGCACUUGAUUCUUCGUAAAUUAUCGUCCACAUAGGGCGGUUGACCGGUUGGUUUAUUUUUAGUUGCAUUUAUUGUCUUGACUUGUUUGUGUUUGUAACUCAUAUAUAUGAUGUAUAAAAAAAAAAUAUAUAUCUUGAGUUUUUGUAUUAAAAAUGAAGUCAAAUUUA